UCGGUGAGGCUGAGAGAGUUUACAAAACAAGACACAAUCAAACACUUGAGCGUCUUUGUCUUUUUCAACUUCAAAAAGUUUUAUUUUCUUUCUGAUUUUCUCAUCAACUUUUUAUUCUGUGCAAAUCCACCCCCUCUUAGAUUUGUUUGUUCCCUCUGUUCUUUGAUUCCUUUCUGUUUAUUUGAAUGGUUUAAAUUUACUUAUUUAUAAACAACAAACCAAACUUUUGAAAGAGAUCAAUCUUGUUUUAUAUAUCUUUGAUCUUCUUCUUCUUCUUCUUGUUUUGUAGAUUUAACCUUGUUUGUGUGGGUAUUUUUUUAAUUCCCUCCUCUCAAAUCUACAACAGAGGUUGUUUUAUUAUAAAACCUCUCUCUUUUCUUGAGUUCUUUAAUUUUUUCAAGAACCAGGAAUUUUUACUUUUUACUCUUUAUAUAAAAAUGGCAACUUCUAUGGAUUUUUACAGUAGUAGUAGUAACACAACGUUUCAGCAAUCUCCUGAUCCAUUCGGCGGUGAACUAAUGGAAGCGCUUUUACCUUUUUUCAAAAGCCCUUCCAUCAACGAUUCAUCCGCGUUUGCGUUCUCUUCCUCUCUACCCGCUCCGCCCGUUUCAUCAUCAUCAUACGGUUCAGAUCUCCACCUAAACCACCGUCUUAGUCCUAAACCGGUUUCGAUGAAACAAACCGGAUCUUCCGCACCUAAACCGAUGAAGCUAUACAGAGGAGUGAGACAACGUCACUGGGGGAAAUGGGUGGCUGAGAUCCGUUUGCCUAGGAACCGAACUCGUCUCUGGCUCGGAACCUUCGACACGGCGGAGGAAGCUGCUUUGGCUUAUGAUAAGGCGGCGUUUAAGCUGCGCGGCGAUUUCGCCAGGCUUAAUUUCCCUAACCUCCGUCACAACGGAUCCAACAUCGGCGAGUAUCAGCCUCUUCAGUCUUCCGUCGACGCUAAGCUCGAAGCUAUUUGUCAGAACUUAGCCGAGACGACGCAGAAACAGGUGAAACCGACGAAGAAGUCUGCUUCUCGGAAACGUUCGCCGACCGCCGCCGUUGUGAAACAGACGGAGGUUGAUUCGGGGGUGAAAUCGGAGGAUUACUCUAGCGCCGGAUCUUCGCCGCCGUUGACGGAGAGCUACGGAUCUGGUGGAUCUUCUUCGCCGUUGUCGGAUCUGACGUUCGGUGAUGCGGAGGAGGAGAUUCAGCCGCCGUGGAACUACGCGUUGGAGAAGUACCCGUCGUACGAGAUCGAUUGGGAUUCGAUUCUUCAGUCUUCGAGUCUUGUAAAGUAGUUGAUGCCAUAGGGGUAUUUUAGGGAAUAGUAUAUGUCUCUGCGAUGGAGUUUUUUGGUCAUUGCAGGGACUUUAUCAUUUUUAGGGGGCUUUUGUGUUAAUAUUAAUAAGUUUAUGUACUUUUAUGUAAUAAUUGUUAAAUCUCUGCGUCGGUCUAAGCUGGGUUUUUUGUCAUGCUUCGACCGUGCGAGUUUUUUUUUCUUUUUCUUUUUAAUGUAUUUUGUAGUUUCUUUAUCGUUGUCUUUAAUUCAAAUUA